CUUGCUGUGCUGUGUUCCGUGUGGAAAGUUUACCGGCUCGGGUGCAAAGUUUCAACCGUCUGCAAAUCGGAGCUUCGUUAAACGUAUCUGUGAUGUGCUUGCGACGGACACGGUUGUACUUAUACGUUAACUAGAAUCGUAUUCUGGAUUAAUUUCACCUGUGGUUGUUAUCAUAUUUAGCCGAGGGAUGCUGCCGUCGCUGGAUAACAACAGAGAAUAAAGACGGCGUUAGCGAUGAUUGUAUUGUCUCAGGGAGCCAGCUAGCUAAACGUAAGUCAUUAGCUUGGAGUUCUGUUGAACCGGGGGGGAGCUAAGUUAGCCGAUGUCCUACUGAGCUCGUCAGAACACACAGUGAAACGUUAUUCAACGUUAUCUCGAAACUUGACUCGACGAAGUACUGUAAGAAAGGGAAAAUGGCUUGCGAGCCAAACCGUGUCCGGCUGCUAUGUAUGCUCUCAUUGACUUUUGGGUUUUUCAUUGUGGAAGUGGUGGUCAGCCGGAUAACCGCAUCUCUAUCAAUGCUGUCGGACUCCUUUCAUAUGCUGUCGGACGUCAUUGCGCUGGUGGUGGCUCUGGUCGCUGUGCGAUUCGCCGAGAAAACCCAUGCGACCAACAAAAACACCUUCGGGUGGAUUCGGGCGGAGGUGAUGGGGGCUCUGGUCAACGCCGUCUUCCUUACGGCACUGUGCUUCACCAUCGUCCUGGAGGCUAUUGAGCGAUUUACCGAGCCCCACGAGAUCGAGAGCCCCCUGAUUGUUGCCGGGGUCGGUGCCGCGGGGCUCCUGAUCAACCUGCUUGGACUCUGCUUGUUCCACGGUCACGCUGGUGUAGGCCACGGACACUCUCAUGGAGGUCACUCUCAUGGAAAUAAGAACAAGAGGGGUAAAACGGGCAAGUCCCAGAAAGCUGGGAACGGGUCUUCAGGAGAGGAGACCAACAACUUGGUGGGGAAUCACAACAGUCCCGGUGAAGUGAGACAGAAAAAUGAAAUCAGCUGUAAGGACAACACAGAGGUGCAGAUGAAUGGAAACACUCACUACGAAGACAUGGACCAUGACCACGACUCGGCGUCGCAGCUCAACAUGCGCGGGGUCUUCCUGCAUGUGCUGGGUGACGCUCUGGGCUCCGUCAUUGUGGUGGUCAAUGCUAUAAUAUUUACCUUUGUGUGGAAGCCCUGCGGAGACGAUGAGAUGUGCGUGAACCCGUGUAUCAGCAGCCACACCACAGUCAAUCACACGGAAGCUCCUUCCAUGUCAGCUAUGAAGUUUGCCGGCCCCUGUUGGGUUCUCUACUUGGAUCCCACUCUCUGCAUCAUCAUGGUAGGCAUACUGUUAUAUACCACCUACCCACUGCUCAAAGAAUCGGCCCUUAUCCUGCUGCAAACCGUGCCCAAGCAGAUCAACAUGCACCGGCUCAAUGAGCGACUGCUGAGUCUGGAUGGGGUCCUGGCCAUCCACGAGCUGCACAUCUGGCAGCUGGCCGGCAGCCGCAUCAUUGCCACAGCACACAUAAAAUGCCACGACCCCACAUCUUACAUGGAGGUGGCCAAGCGCAUCAAGGACUUCUUCCACGACGAGGGCAUUCACGCCACCACCAUCCAGCCCGAGUUUGUCACUUUCAACUCGGAGUCUCGAGACUCCCUCUGUGAGCUCUCCUGUCGGACUCAGUGUGCUCCCAAGCUGUGCUGCGGCUCCACGGAGAAACAGAACACAGGCUGUGAUAAGAAGGCCAGCAGUCACUGCAAGGCUGGCGCUUCCUCAGGCCUGGAGGUGAUCACUGAGACCUCAGAGCAGGUUGCAACCAUUCAGGUGUGUCCUCAGUCAGAGGGCGAGGUUGCUGUCACUAGAGAGGUGGAGUCAUCUCUGUGAGUUGGAGGGGACAGAGAGAAGCUGAGGAGAAGCUGAAAAACCACCACAACAGGCUGAGACCAUUGUCAUGCCCACUUUUUGGUGGGCUUUUCUGUUUGACUCAUGGUCCUGACAAGGAAAUAGUUCUCUGUAGCCUUAUGUUUCCCAUUGUCUCCCAGUUCUGAAAAACCCUUCCUAAAACCCUCUGCAUUCAUGCGUUUGAGCCGUUUCUCUUCAUCCCUCCUCCCUCUCUGCAUCUAUUUCCAGUUCCUCUCCUCCCUGCCAGCCUCUCCUCCGCCUCUCUGCCCCCCUCUUGUUGUAUGUUGCCCUGGCAGUAGGCAGCAAUGCAUGUUGGGGUUCACUGACCUUAUCUCCUCCAGGACUGGAGUGAGGCCUGCAUGAGUGUUCCUCAUUAGCACCGUGUUGUGAUGCGACAUCUCGUCCCAUGGUGUUUCUGUGCCAAAGCUUCUCACUGCGGGACUGAGGGGACCUGAGAGACGUCCUGUCCUCCAAACACAACACAUGCAAGUUGGAGCACACAUCACAUUAGGUUAUUUUUGUUUAGGCCAUGGACCUGUUGGCAAAUAGUCUACCUUUUUUAUUUCUUGCAUAGGCUUUGGAGGAGAUCUAUUUUCUUAUCCUCUGGCCCUAAAUGGAAGACUAUUGUAUGACAUACUAAUUUAAGUAUUUAAGUUAUUAGAAAUUAUCUGUUUCUCUCUGUAGAUGCUGUUUUCUAAUUAGUUUGGAUGAUAGAAACAUUUUUGCAAUUUUUCUGUCUUGAUUUUUUUUUUUUUUUGACAGACCAUCUAUGCUGUAGUCGUUUUUUUCCAAUGUGAUGUUUUUAUAAUGAUUCUGUUUCUCACAACGUUUCUCUGGCCUUGACUCAGUUUUAAUUGCAGUCAUUAUUUGAAUACAAGAAGCCGUAUCUACACCUCUCACCUUGCCUUUUAAAUACAAAAAAAAACACCUGCUGUGGUAGAGCACUAAAUAGAGUAGACACAGUGAAACGGAACUUUUUGCAACGGCACAGUCACAUAAUUAAAUGUUCAUUCACAAAUUCGAUGCCUUGCAAGCCAGAGGGUUGGGUCUGUUGAGAAGAAAUGAGCAUUGAAUGCCAUUAGUGAAACUGAAACACUAUUCUCUGUAUGAAUCUGUACUGGAAAGCUUUCUGCUGGUGGCUGUUGAUUUUAGUUAAAAACCCUUAUGAAUGUGUUCGGCGCCAUGUCAGCAAUCCGUGCCGAAGGAGUUUCUGUAUCUCCAGGACGUUCCACUAUGUUUGCAUGACCAAACCUGGCCAGACCAGACCUGGUGUUUGACUUUAAGGAGCUCCACUAAGGACUCCACUUGCUGCUUACCGGUAUCUGCUGGUAUCCCCUGAUAUUACUCAUGUACUCAACUGUGUAGGUAAUGACUCAUCUUUUCAGCUUUUCUGUCCUCUGCUUUGGACAGCUGAGUAGGCUGUUUUUGCUGAAUUCAAGUCCAUACGGUGGCCUUUGAAAUUUUUCUGAAUUUUCACUCAUCGGCACAGAUAUCAUUUAAAGGUGGUCCACUGAUGUGUUUCAGAUUUCCACUCCCAAUUAAAUGUGUAUGCAAUAUAGAACUAUGUGCUGGGAAAUGUAUUUUGAGGUGUUUUUUUCAUUUGUAAUGUAUGGUCACUUUUAUUGUGUCUUUUAAGACUUGACCUCUAUGUGCAAAUUGAAAACAAGUGUUUUAUAAUUUUAGAUAUAACAUGUCAACUGAUAUGUUUUUGAUAUACUAUAUACCUACAGUACCUGUCCAAUGUGUCAUUGUGAAAUAAAUAAAAUAUGGCUGUUUGGUACAGUUUAUGAACCCAAA